UUGAGAACCACGACGACAAGUAGAACUUAUAGAGAUAUAAUCAUGUCCCAGGCCUUCUCUCUGUACGAGGAUGAGAUCAGUGACUCCAAAGCGCAGCUGGCAGCCAUCACGCUGAUCAUCGGGACCUUUGAGCGGAUGCGGUGUUUCAGCGAGGAGAACCACGAGCCUCUGAGGACUCAGUGUGCGCUCGCUGCCUCCAAACUGCUGAAGAAGCCCGACCAGUGCCGGGCCGUCAGCAUCUGCGCUCACCUCUUCUGGUCCGGACGCAGCACCGAGAAGAACGGGGAGGAGAUCCGCGACGGGAAGCGUGUGAUGGAGUGCCUAAAGAAAGCCCUGAAGAUUGCCAACCAGUGUAUGGACCCCUCGCUGCAGGUCCAGCUCUUCAUUGAAAUCCUCAACAGAUACGUCUGCUUCUAUGAGCGGGAAAACGAUGCGGUAAGACACUAACGCCUACAUGGUUAAGGGUGUUUCAUGUUUCUA